UACCCCCAAACAUCCCCUGCAAUCAGAAACUAAACCCGAUUUGAACAACUCCAAGCACAAAAUAACACAUUACAAAAUUUUCUUAGGAUUAAAACCAGUUGAUCAAAGAAGAGGGAAAUGGAUUUCAGGCUAAUGGGUACUGACACGCCACUCUUUCACACUCUCCAGCAUAUGAUGGACGCCGCAGGUGACGAUUCCGAUAAGACCGUGAAUGCCCCAUCAAGGAACUACGUUCGUGACGCUAAGGCCAUGGCUGCAACACCAGCAGACGUGAAAGAGUAUCCAAAUUCAUACGUUUUUGUUGUAGACAUGCCAGGGUUGAAGUCUGGAGAUAUAAAGGUGCAGGUGGAAGAUGACAAUGUGCUGAUGAUAAGUGGAGAAAGGAAGAGAGAGGAAGAGAAAGAAGGGGCUAAGUAUAUCAGAAUGGAGAGAAGGGUUGGGAAACUCCUGAGGAAGUUUACUCUGCCGGAGAAUGCAAAUACUGAUGCAAUUUCUGCUGUUUGUCAAGAUGGGGUUCUGACUGUCACUGUUCAGAAGUUUCCUCCUCCUGAACCAAAGAAACUGAAGACCAUCGAGGUCAAAAUUGCUUGAAUGUAGAGGAGUAGGUGCUCUGUUUUUUAUGCUUGAUGGUAGUAUGAUGUAGUAAUAAAGUGAUAGACAUCUAGGAUUGCUGUUCUUUUCCUCUUUCUUCGUGUUUUCCAUGUUUUGUCAACUACUAUUAUCAAUGCGAUGUGAGGGAACUAUAUGUUGUGUUAA